UCGCUCCGCCUGAUCUGUGCCUGGAGCCUGGCGUCGUCGCACCGUACCAUGGGGCUGCUGGCACUCAAUCUGCUCAUGUCUAUGCAGCGGGAUCGGCGUCGCCGGCCGACUCAAGGCCGUAAUGGAUUGGUGGCUUCAUCUGUGGCCAAAAGGAAGGACUCAGCCUGCCUACAUGACGACAAUUCUCGAACUGAUAAAAGAUCGAGAUAUUCAGGACCACCCCUUCCAGAGGACAUAUGGCACUAUAUACAUUCCCUGCUUCCUCUGCGAGAUGCUGCACGUGUUGCAUGCGUGUCACAUUCAUUUAGAAGUUAUUGGAGACGUUUUCCCAAUCUCAGCUUAACUAGGGCAACCCUGGGUUUGAAAAGCGGGGUGUAUGGAAUGUCAUGUAAAAAAGCGAUAGAUCUUGCCAGGAAAACCAACCACAUUCUAGGAAACCACUCAGGCAUUGGCGUUACAACACUCAAGCUUGAAAUAUGUGAUUUCCCCCUUUUCAACACCUCCCGUGAUGAUCUCGAUCGUUGGCUUGGUAUUGCGGUUAAACCAGGGAUUGAAGAACUUGACCUGGGGUUUUGUUCUCAUGCAGCUAUGUACAACUUCCCAUUCUCAAUUUUACCUGUUGGGUGGGACAAGUCAAUUCGACAGCUUCAUCUCACCAACUGUGCCUUCCGUCCCACGGCUGGAGUUGACUAUUUAAGAAGCCUGACUAGUCUGGAUUUUGAUUAUGUGCAUAUUACAGAGGAUCAGUUAAGUCGCCUUCUUUCCAGUACAGUUCAUUUGGAGAAACUGAGACUCAUGGCAUGCAAUGAGUUAAUUGCUCUGGAGAUACCUAGCUUGCUGCAUCGGCUUAGCCACAUGGUAGUCAACAAUUGCGGAUAUCUGGAAGUGAUAAGGUGCAAAGCUCCUAAUCUCUGCAGUUUUGAGUAUAUGGGCGUCUUGCCACAACUAUCACUUGGUGAUUCAUUGUGA